AUGCCUUCAGCUGUCCCUUCUGCGCCCGUCAACGGCACCACGAGCCUGGGUGCUCCGGAUCACAACGGCGUCAACGGCACGAAUGGCGUCCACGAUGCUCCUUCUGCCGACGACAACAUCCGCCGCUUCGCAGCACCCAGCCGGCCAUUGAGCCCACCGGCUGCGCAUAUGCUCUUCCACAACAAGACAAGAUGCUUUGUGUACGGCCUGCAACCGAAAGCUGUGCAGGGCAUGCUCGACUUCGACUUCAUCUGCAAACGCAAGACUCCCUCCGUUGCCGGCAUCAUCUACACAUUUGGCGGCCAGUUCGUCAGCAAGAUGUACUGGGGAACGAGCGAGACUCUGCUCCCAGUCUACCAGUCGACCGAGAAGGCCAUGGCCAAGCACACAGACGUUGACACUAUUGUCAACUUCGCUUCGUCGCGUAGUGUGUACAGCUCCACCAUGGAGCUCAUGGAAUUUCCCCAGAUCAGGUCCAUUGCCAUCAUUGCUGAGGGUGUUCCGGAACGCCGUGCCCGAGAGAUUCUGCACGUCGCCAAGAAGAAGGGUAUCACCAUCAUCGGCCCGGCCACUGUCGGUGGUAUCAAGCCCGGCGAUUUCAAGAUCGGCAACACUGGCGGUAUGAUGGACAAUAUUGUGGCUUCCAAGCUCUACCGCCCAGGUUCGGUUGCAUACGUGUCCAAGUCCGGUGGCAUGUCCAACGAACUGAACAACAUCAUCGCCCACAGGACAGACGGAGUGUACGAAGGUGUUGCCAUUGGCGGUGACAGAUACCCGGGCACUACCUUCAUCGAUCACAUGCUGCGAUACCAGGCCGAUCCCGCGUGCAAGAUUCUCCUGUUGCUCGGUGAAGUCGGUGGCGUGGAAGAGUACAGGGUCAUUGAGGCCGUUAAGUCCGGACAGAUCACCAAGCCUAUCGUUGCCUGGGCGAUCGGCACUGUCGCUGGCUUGCUCAAGACCGAGGUUCAGUUCGGUCAUGCUGGUUCCUUCGCCAACUCUCAGCUCGAGACUGCCGCGAUGAAGAACAAGUCGAUGAAAGAGGUCGGCAUUUUCGUCCCGGACACUUUCGAGGAGAUGCCCGAUUUGCUCGCCGAGGUCUACCAGAAGCUCGUCAAGGAUGGAACGAUUGUCCCCAAGACGGAGCCAGUGGUGCCAAAGAUUCCUAUCGACUACUCGUGGGCGCAAGAGCUCGGCCUCGUCCGAAAGCCUGCCGCUUUCAUCUCCACCAUCUCCGACGACCGUGGCCAGGAGCUGCUCUACGCUGGUAUGCCAAUCUCGGAAGUAUUCAAGGACAACAUCGGGAUUGGUGGUGUCAUGUCUCUGCUUUGGUUCCGUCGCCGCCUGCCCGACUACGCCAGCCGCUUCCUAGAGAUGGUUCUGAUGUUGACCGCCGAUCACGGCCCUGCAGUAUCCGGUGCCAUGAACACUAUCAUCACCACCCGUGCCGGCAAGGAUCUCAUCAGUGCCCUCGUCAGCGGUUUGUUGACCAUUGGCUCGCGAUUUGGUGGUGCGCUCGAUGGGGCUGCGGAGGAGUUCACCAAGGCUUUCGACAAGGGUCUCAGCCCGCGCAACUUUGUUGACACCAUGAGGAAGGAGAACAAACUCAUUCCGGGCAUCGGCCACAGAGUCAAGUCCCGAAACAAUCCCGAUCUGCGUGUUGAGCUCGUCAAGGAGUUCGUGCAGAAGAACUUCCCCAGCUGCAAGAUGCUGGACUACGCGCUUGCCGUUGAGACGGUGACCACGUCAAAGAAGGACAACCUCAUCCUCAACGUUGACGGCUGCAUAGCCGUGUGCUUCGUCGACCUGCUCCGCAACUGCGGCGCAUUUACCCCAGAGGAGGCCGAGGACUACCUGAGGAUGGGCGUGCUCAACGGUCUGUUUGUGCUCGGAAGGAGUAUUGGGUUGAUCGCCCAUUUCUUGGACCAGAAGCGGCUGAGAACCGGCCUGUACCGACAUCCCUGGGACGAUAUCACGUAUCUGCUACCAAACCUCGGCAGUGGCGCACCGGGAAGUGAGGGCAGAGUCGAGGUGCAAAUGUGA